CGGGAUAAAAGCCCGGGGCGGGGCGCGGCGCAGAAGCCGCCGCCUCCCGGGAGCCGGCCGUGCGCUCUGCUUCUGCGCUCGCUCGCCGCCCGCCCGCCCGCCCGCCCUCGCGGCCGCCGGCUCCCGUAACUGGAUAAAAGAAGGUGGGAAGCAUGUCCGAGUUUUGGUUAAUUUCUGCCCCUGGUGAUCAGGAGAAUUUACAAGCUCUGGAGAGGAUGAACACCGUAACCUCCAAGUCCAACCUGUCUUACAACACCAAAUUCUCGAUUCCUGACUUCAAGGUGGGGACCUUGGAUUCCCUUGUUGGCCUCUCCGAUGAGCUGGGGAAACUCGAUACCUUUGCUGAAAGCCUCAUAAAGAAGAUGGCCCAGAGCGUGGUAGAAGUCAUGGAAGACGCCAAGGGGAAGGUUCCGGAGAACCUCCUGGCCAACGGAGUUGACUUACCAUCCUUUGUGACCCACUUUGAAUGGGACAUGGCGAAAUACCCCGCGAAGCAGCCGCUGGUGAGCGUGGUGGACACGCUAGCGAAGCAACUGGCACAGAUCGAGACUGACCUGAAAUCCCGAACAGCCACCUACAACACUCUGAAGACGAACCUGGAGAACCUGGAGAAGAAAUCCAUGGGAAACCUCUUCACUCGGACAUUGAGCAAUAUCGUGAGCAAAGAAGACUUCGUGUUGGGUUCCGAGUAUCUAAUCACACUUCUGGUCAUCGUCCCCAAACCAAGCUACACAAAAUGGCAAAAAACCUACGAAUCCCUCUCGGACAUGGUGGUCCCUCGGUCGACUAAACUGAUUGCCGAGGACAACGAGGGCGGCCUCUUCACGGUGACCCUGUUUCGAAAAGUGAUCGAGGAUUUCAAAACCAAAGCCAGAGAGAACAAGUUCACUGUCCGUGAAUUUUACUAUGAUGAGAAAGAAAUUAAAAGGGAAAGGGAAGAGAUGAGCAGGUUGCUGUCUGAUAAGAAGCAACAGUAUGUGAGUAAACUGCACAGGCGGGCGGGCUUCAUGCAAGAGCACCCCCCUCCCUUGGGGGCCAUGUGGCCCGGGAACCUGUGUUCCCCUGGAGCUGCCAGAGCGGGGCUGGGGAAGGGAGAGGGGCACCCAGGGGCGCCUUCCCUAGGAGAGCUCCCGAGUCCUGGCAGCGCCCCUCCAGGAGGGGACUCCAAGCCCCACUGUGCAGCUGAGAAACUGAGGCUCUGGGAGGUCAGGGAGCAUUUCCCCCAGGACGAGGAGACUGGGGCAGGGCAGGUAGGGAUCCAGGCGGGGGUCCCUGUGCCGAGCGUGGGCAGCCCUGUCCCCUCAGUCACCUUGCUGGCCUCAGCAGUGUGGUUCCCCAGGCGCGAUGGGAUGGCUUCUGUCGUCAGCACCUGUAUUUAUUCCCCCUACGCUUUUAGCAAAGAGUGGGGGCUUAUCCUUGAGGUUUCUGGCAACAACCACUCGGAAACCUUCCGCGUGCACGGGCAGCUGAGCUCACGAGGGAGCAAGCCAGGCUUUGAGUCUGGGCAUGUGAACGGGGUAGCCUGGGGAGAGCCACUCUGCUCCGCGGGAUGGGCCCCUUCCUGCUACGGAGAAGCCUAAGCCGGGUGGCUCCAGGGGCCCCCCUGGUGGAACGUCUUCAGGGCCCCUCUGCCCCCCACCCCCACUGGGGAGGGUUCUCAGAAACUUCCAGUUCGGCCUCUAGUGUAGAGAGGAAGGGAAGAAUGAGUAGAGUGUACUUCAGGCCUUUUGGAGGAAAGCCGGUGUGUGAACAUAAAGCUGUAAGUCUGUGCUUAGGUGAAGAGCAAGAAGUACCUCCCGUGUGGCCGAGUGUUGGCCCCGGGUCUUCUCUGACGCCGGGCUGGCGGAAUGGGCACGUCCGGCUCGACCUCUCUGGUCAGUGGCCUUUCCACAGGGACU